GCUGGGCUGCGGCCGGAGACCCGGACGUAGGGCAGAUACUGGUCGCUUGACCCAGAAGUAGCAUCGCAGCGGGGCUGAGAGGGGCUGCCCCCGGCGAUUCCUCUCAUACAUCUAGGUCGUGUCUCACGCCUCUCGGUGUCACCAUCACCCGUUCUCCUGAUGUCGGAUUUUAAGCUCGGGAUUGUACGGCUCGGCCGUGUGGCCGGGAAGACCAAGUACACUCUGAUUGAUGAGCAGGACAUACCACUUGUGGAAAACUACGCCUUUGAGGCACGCAUGGAGGUAGAUGCCGACGGUAAUGGAGCUAAGAUCUUUGCUUAUGCUUUUGACAUCGGCAAAGGGCGCUGGGCAGGACGACCGCUGCACGAGCUGCUCUGGGAGAAGCACAGAGGCGGCAUUGCUCCUAGUUUUCAAGUUAUUCACAUCAACUCUGUGACAGUCGACAACCGGCUAGACAACCUUCGACUGGUGCCGGUGGGCUGGAGCCCCAAGCCAGAGGAGAUUUCCAGCAAGCAGAGAGAGCAGUCUCUGUACUGGCUCGCCAUCCAGCAGGUCCCAGCCGACCCGGUAGAGGAGCAGUAUCUGGAGCUAAGCCGCACACGCUACUACAAUGCUAACGGCGAGCUGGUGGAGGAGGAGGAGUGCUCCUGCACCUACUACGAGUGUCAUUACCCCCCCUGUUCGCUCAUCGAGAGGAGGCUGCGUGAGUUCAACAUCUGCGGUCGCUGCCAGGUGGCACGUUACUGUGGCUCACAGUGCCAGCAGAGGGACUGGCCCGCCCACAAGAAGCAGUGCCGCGAGCGUAAACGGGUCCUGGCCCUGGAGUCGGAGCCCGAACGAUGAUCAUCAGCCCUCAUCUUCGACUGGGAGAGGAGGAGGAGGAGGAGGGGGUAAAUGGGUAGAAAAGGGUUAAUUUGUGAGGGGUGAAACAGGAUAAAAAGGGGAAAGGUGCUGAUAAAAGACUA